AUGGCAGAAAACAAAGGAAUGUUGCUGGCCAAAUCCGUCCAGAAACAUGCUGGCCGCGCCAAGGAAAAGCUUCUACAAAAUCUCGGCAAAGUCGAUCGGACGGCAGAUGAAAUUUUCGACGAGCAUUUGACAAACUUUAACCGACAGCACACCUGUGCCACUAGGCUGCAGAAAGAGUUCAGCAACUACAUCAGAUGUGUUCGUGCCGUACAAAAUGCCUCGAAAAGCCUAAUGGAUGCCAUAACCGAAGUAUACGAAAGCCAGUGGACCGGUUCGGAAGUGCUGUACGGUCAGACCAAAACCAUCGAUACACAGUACCAGCAGUUUUCGUACAAGCUGGCCGAUCAGGUGCUGAAGCAGCUGGACACCUACGCGUUACAGUUUCCGGAAAUGAAGAAAAAGAUCGACAAACGUGGCCGUAAGCUGGUAGACUACGAUAGCCAGAGGCAUUCUUUCCAGAGCCUGCAAGCGAAUGCCGCCAAGCGCAAGGAUGAUUUGAAGGUUUCACGAGGCCGCGAACAGCUGGAGGAUGCAAAGAGCACAUACGAGGUGUUGAAUUCGGAGCUGCACGAUGAACUGCCGGCCCUGUACGACUCUAGAAUACUGUUCCUGGUGACGAACUUGCAGACGUUGUUCGCCUGCGAGCAGCAGUUCCACAGUGAAACGUCAAAGGUGUACGCCGAUUUGGAAGCGAUCGUCGACAAACUGGCCACCGAAUCCCAGCGCGGUUCUUACACGCUGAAGAAGAUCAAUGCUAACUCAAACCCAUCUAGCCCCCAACAGUCACCAGUGAAAGCGAAUUUAUCGAUUGUGAAUAAUGUCACUAACGGUUCGGCCAAUGCUAACGGACAUACCUCCGCACAAAAUGUGCUCCCGUCGCCGAGAACGCCAUCGCCCCAUCAGCAGCCCAGGCAGCAGGAACAGCAGGAAGAUGACGAACCGUCCUAUCAGAACACGGAGGUGGUAAAGGCUGUUGCCGCUGCGGCCAAAACGCCAACGCCAAACGGUACGGCUGCCGGUGAUAGCGCAAUGCACGAACCGGAGCUGAAUGGAAAUGCGGGCACAUCGGCACCGAAGGAGAAUGGCCACCAGCUGCCAGAGGCGGCGACGGAAAGCACACCGGCCACCACAAACGGUACGCUUCAUCCUCAUCCGCAGUCAUCCACUAAUCAGCUUCCAACACAACAUCAACAACAAACCGACCAAACGCACAGCACGACCGCGAACGGUGGCAUCAACACCAUCAGCAGCAACGCUCGGAUGGUACCAGAAAAUGGGGUGCCGGAACGAAAACCACCCACCAAUGUAACGGUGGUACCAACAACGGAUGUAACCGCCGCUGCUGCUACUGCUGCUGAUGCUGUUGCUGCUAGUGCUAAUGCUGCUGCUGACGAUCAUCCAACGCCCACUACUACCGGCGCAGCUGUUUCACAAUCAACUGCCGGAUUGCCGGUCCGCGUGGACAAGGUUACACAGACGCCUCCGGUUUAUCUACCAACCACCACGCCGCCGAUGCUGAUGGUGGUACCGAAGUCUUCCACAACGCCACUACCAACGGGUGGUGGUCCCAUCAGUGGCAACAGCAGCAACCAGCCCUAUCCCAAUCUUCCCACCCAUCAGCACCCUUUUCCGUCCUAUCACUAUCACGCCACUAAUGUAACGCUCAACAAUCUUAAUAACAAUACCGGUAACGGUAACACACGAUCACCCCUAUUGAUCGCACAAUAUCAACAGCCGCACUUAAUCCGUGCCGGUUUUAACAAUAACACUAAGUCGGGACUGCUUUGCGACGUUCCGGUCGGUGCAACGACAACGGAAUUGCCACCGGGCGUUUUGUAUCGCGUGAAAGCUACGUACAAGUAUGUGCGGGAAGAUGUCGACGAGUUGAGCUUCGAGGUUGGCGACGUUAUCAAUGUGGUCGAGUACGAAGAUCCUGAAGAUCAGGAGGAAGGAUGGUUGAUGGGCACGAAGGAUGGCACAAACGAGAAGGGCAUGUUCCCAGCCAACUUUACCAGGCCCCUGUAA